AUGCAAAUCAAGUUUGUUACUAUUGCUUCCAUUGUUUGUCUCGCUACCUUUGCCAAUGCUGCUCCUAGUCAAGCAGUUCAAGGUGACUCUAUUACUUUGACAAACUAUGCUGCUGAUAGCAUUGCUUUGGAUUCAAAUGAAGCACUCAGUCCUAACACUGCAGGCUCCGAAGAAGAAAAAUUUAACAAGAUUGUAGAGGAAAUCAAGAAAGAUCCUGGCGUUCAAAACAUUCUUGACUUUUUGGUUCAAACAGUGGCUGCCUUACUCGAUAAAUCAAACAAGGACCAAGCACUUGUCAACUAG